AUGCUCGUCUGUAAUGCUGCACAGGAGGGUGAUGUUGAAUUUAGAAAGGCCAACCCCAAAUCGAUCCCGUCUUUGAAGACAAUUUUGCGAAAAUGCCCGCUAGCCCUCUUCAAAUCAAACUGCGCCAUGCUCAAACGUGCACUUGAGUGCGGCAUUUCAACCGAAAUUAAUUGGGCGCUAGGAAGGAUAUCUUUAAUUACAUCUGUUUUGGGAGACCUAAAAAAAUUUGAGCCAUCCGACCUAAAAAAGCGCAAUCUUUCAACAUCUGCAAUCCAAUCUGCGCAAUUUAAAAACACGCUCAUCCUGGAGGAGUACCAAAAGCUGCUGUCCGAGCAGACGUUUCCUUCCGAUGAGCUGGUUUCUCGAAUAUCGUAUCACGCGUUUCCCUUUUUCAAGAUGAUCGGGGUAUUGCUUGAAAAUCCGGAAUCCGCUGUUUCUGGUUUGAAAGACUUGAUAUGCGAGCUUUCCACGCCAUCUUCGUAUUAUUUUGCAAUGCGGGCCGAACCGUCCAUCAGAGGCUUUUGCUCGUGGGCCUUGCUGAGAUAUACCCAAAUCUUGGUUAUCUUUCUCAAUCUGGCGAGAUCUGGGCACGUGUCCUAUUUGUCAUCCUUUGCAAACCGGUCCAUCGUGCUGGUGUCAUCAUUGGUAGAGAAAGAUUCUAGGCCAUUACUGCAAUGCUGGGAAGCCCUUGGAUUGUCGCCUCAGCCACUUGCCUCUCUUUCGCUAAUUGUGUUGGAGCUGGUGUCUUGUACCAAAGUUUACAGCUCUUUGCCAUUUAUCAGCUGCCUGACGUCAAUUAUCUUGAACUCGUCAGAACUAGCCUGGGUAUAUGCGGUAAGAUGCUUCAAACCCGAUUUUAUCAAAAGCAACAUGCUUUCCAAGCAGCAGAUUGCAUCGAUGCUUGAGCGGUCCUCUUACAUUGCUAUCUCGUCGAGCAAGAACCCCAUUGAAAGGAUCACGGCUCUGUUUUUCAUCCAGAUGUUAUUAGAAAAUUCUGCAAACGAAGCUGGCUUUUCAGAAGCUCUUUUAAGCCAUUUAUUUGAUACCACAUUGCACUUGUAUUUGUGCGCAGUGGUGCCAUGUGUCAAAGCGUCGCAGUGCUCUCACACGGUGCCGUCGCAAUCGGGCUCGAUUCAGCUUUCGCAAUCUCAACUGGCAUUGAAAUACCUAUCGCUUUCAUAUGAAUCACAUAAAGCAGUCAAUGCCACCGAAAAAGAGGCUACGAUUUCGCUAAAAUCCGUAUAUUCCCAGUAUCUGUCCUGGCUGCCGCACAAUAAUGAGCCGGCCCUCUCCAUUACCGACCUAAUUCCUCUAAUACGCCAAGUGUUUCCCAACUGCAUUCAAAACCUGAAGCCGAUUUUUUGCCAAUGGCAUAACUGUACCUAUAGUUCUCUUUUCGGAAUCGAUGACCAUUUCUUUUCUACCCACGCCGGUGGAAAUAGAUGCAAAUGGGGGGAUUGUGAUCAGGAGUUUCCUUCAUCCGACGAUCUGGCCCGCCAUUUCUGCUCGUUGCAUUCCCAAAUUCAGAAUAUCCAGCUGGCCGAUGUUCGCGUCAAGAAAGACAACCUUAUCCCCAUUGAAGUGCCAGAUGUUCAACUUGAGCUGUCUCGUCAGCUUUUGAGAAUACUUGAGCUUUUUAAGAGAUUCGCUGCACAUAUCAGGCCCAUUCUAUGUACACACUUGGAGACAAUUUCGAUGCUCUGUUUUGUCCCAUCCUUUGCGGGCGAGCCUGCAGAGGAUGCUUUUGAUAGGGUACGUAUCUGCACAACCCUCCUAAGUCUAUAUUAA